CAUGAAGCCGGAAGGAGACCAUUGGCCCGGCCAGUGCUAGAGGGAGACCUGGAACUGCGCGGCUCCGCCUCGCCGCUGAGCCUCAGUUUUGGGGGUGCGGGCGUGCGUCUGUGUGGGGGGCGACGAGCUGGGCGGCCGCGAGGCCGGGGGGCUCGGUGCGGAGAAGAGAUCGCCUCGCCGCGGAGCGGACCGGAGCGAGCGAGCGAGCGAGCGGAGCGGGGCGGGGGGUGCAGAGUAACGGAGCGGCGAGCGAGCCCGCGUUGCGCGGAGCGGAAUCGCCGCCUGAGCCCGCGAGUGGUGGGCGCUCUCGCCGGCCCCCCUUCCCCGAGGAAGGGCCGUCACCAUGGGCAAUGCGGGGAGCAUGGACUCGCAGCAGACGGACUUCAGGGCGCACAACAUGCCUCUCAAGCUGCCGAUGCCCGAGCCAGGGGAGCUGGAAGAGAGAUUCGCCGUCGUGUUGAAUGCAAUGAACUUGCCUCCUGACAAAGCAAGGCUACUCCGGCAGUAUGACAACGAGAAGAAAUGGGAGCUGAUCUGUGAUCAGGAAAGAUUUCAAGUCAAGAAUCCUCCCCAUACAUAUAUACAGAAAUUAAAAGGCUACCUUGAUCCAGCUGUAACAAGGAAGAAAUUUAGGAGAAGAGUUCAAGAAUCUACACAAGUAUUACGAGAACUAGAAAUUUCUUUGAGAACCAAUCACAUUGGAUGGGUCAGGGAGUUUUUGAAUGAAGAAAACAAAGGCCUGGAUGUUUUGGUGGAGUACUUGUCUUUUGCACAAUAUGCAGUCACCUUUGACUUUGAGAGUUUGGAGAACAACAUGGAAAACUCAAUGGACAAAUCUAAACCUUGGAGUCGAUCCAUUGAAGAUCUCCAUCGAGGAAGUAACUUACCCUCUCCUGUUGGCAAUAGCAUUUCCCGUUCUAGCAGACAUUCUACUCUAAGAAUGGUUUGUCUGCCAGAGCAACUUCAGUUCAAACGCCGCCAGAGCUGCUUUUCACCCAACUGCCUCUGGAACGGCUUCUCUUUACACUCUACCGCCGAGGCUUCGAGCUGGAAAAUCUCAUAUAACACCUUACCAAGCAGAAGAACACUUAAAAAUUCAAGAUUAGUGAGUAAAAAAGAUGAUGUUCACGUCUGCAUCAUGUGUUUGCGUGCCAUCAUGAAUUACCAGUAUGGAUUCAAUAUGGUAAUGUCCCACCCACAUGCUGUUAAUGAAAUUGCACUAAGUCUGAACAACAAGAACCCCAGAACGAAGGCGCUGGUCUUGGAACUGUUGGCAGCAGUUUGCCUUGUAAGAGGAGGACAUGAAAUCAUUUUAUCUGCCUUUGAUAAUUUUAAAGAGGUUUGUGGUGAAAAACAGCGGUUUGAGAAGUUGAUGGAACAUUUUCGAAAUGAAGAUAACAAUAUCGAUUUCAUGGUGGCAUGUAUGCAGUUCAUCAACAUAGUGGUUCACUCAGUAGAAGACAUGAAUUUCAGAGUUCACCUCCAGUACGAAUUUACAAAGCUAGGCCUGGAUGAAUAUCUUGAUAAGCUGAAACAUACAGAAAGUGAUAAGCUCCAGGUGCAGAUUCAAGCGUAUCUUGAUAAUGUGUUCGAUGUGGGAGCUUUACUUGAAGAUGCUGAGACAAAGAAUGCUGCCUUGGAAAGAGUGGAAGAACUGGAAGAAAAUAUAUCUCAUUUAUCAGAAAAACUUCAAGAUACAGAAAAUGAGGCUAUGGCAAAGAUUGUGGAAUUGGAAAAGCAGCUCAUGCAGAGAAACAAAGAACUGGAUGUUGUCCGAGAAAUUUACAAAGAUGCCAAUACACAAGUUCACACUCUGAGAAAAAUGGUGAAAGAAAAGGAGGAAGCCAUCCAGAGACAGUCUACACUGGAGAAAAAGAUUCAUGAACUGGAGAAACAAGGUUCCAUUAAAAUCCAGAAGAAAGGAGAUGGCGAUAUCAACAUUCUUCCCGUUGGGGUUGCUUCUGGGACUUUGUCCUCAGGGUCAGAAGCGGCAGUGGGCACUUGUGGAGGUUCUGUUUCAGGCACUACAUCUUCAGUUCCACUACCACCUCCGCCACCCCCCUUGCCACUGUCAGAUGCAGAAUUGGAAACAGUGCAAAAUGGUCCUGUGACAGCACCCAUGCCUCCUCCCCUGCCACCACCUCCACCCCCACCGCCGCCACCGCCGCCUCUUCCUGGUCCAGCCACAGAUCCAGUCCCGGCUCCCCCUGUCCCGCCCCCACCCCCACCUUCAGCACCACCUCUUCCAGGAACAGCCUCCCCUACCGUUGUCUUUAACUCAGGAUUAUCAGCUGUGAAAAUCAAGAAGCCAAUUAAGACGAAGUUCCGCAUGCCAGUGUUCAACUGGGUAGCUCUGAAACCCAACCAGAUAAAUGGGACAGUCUUCAAUGAAAUUGAUGACGAAAGGAUCUUGGAGGAUUUAAAUGUGGAUGAAUUUGAAGAAAUAUUCAAGACAAAAGCCCAAGGCCCAGCCAUUGAUCUUUCUUCAAGCAAGCAAAUAACUCAAAAAGGCUCAAACAAAGUCACACUGUUGGAAUCAAACAGGGCUAAAAACCUUGCUAUCACCCUAAGGAAAGCUGGAAAGACUGCUGAUGAGAUCUGCAAAGCUAUUCAGGCAUUUGAUUUGAAGACACUGCCAGUAGAUUUUGUCGAAUGCUUGAUGAGGUUCUUGCCCACGGAAAACGAAGUGAAAAUGUUGCGGCUUUAUGAGCGGGAGAGGAAACCUCUUGAAAACCUGUCAGAUGAGGAUCGAUUCAUGAUGCAGUUCAGUAAGAUUGAACGGCUGAUGCAGAAGAUGACCAUCAUGGCCUUCAUUGGCAACUUCGCAGAAAGCAUCCAGAUGCUGACCCCACAACUUCACGCGAUAAUUGCAGCAUCAGUCUCAAUAAAGUCAUCUCAGAAGCUCAAGAAAAUCUUAGAGAUAAUCUUGGCUCUGGGUAAUUAUAUGAACAGCAGUAAACGAGGAGCUGUUUAUGGAUUUAAACUGCAAAGCUUAGAUUUGUUGUUAGACACAAAAUCAACGGAUAGAAAACAAACCUUAUUGCACUAUAUAUCAAACGUUGUGAAGGAGAAGUAUCAGCAAGUAUCACUUUUUUACAAUGAACUUCACUACGUGGAGAAGGCUGCUGCAGUGUCCCUUGAGAAUGUUUUAUUAGAUGUAAAGGAACUCCAAAGAGGCCUGGACCUAACCAAACGAGAGUACACCAUGCAUGAUCACAACACCAUGCUGAAGGAAUUUAUUCAGAACAAUGAAGGGAAACUAAAGAAGUUACAGGAUGAUGCAAAAAUAGCCCAGGAUGCCUUUGAUGAUGCUGUGAAAUAUUUUGGAGAAAAUCCCAAGACAACACCUCCCUCAGUCUUCUUCCCAGUCUUUGUCCGAUUUGUGAAAGCUUACAAGCAAGCAGAAGAGGAAAAUGAAUUAAGGAAAAAGCAAGAACAGGCGUUAAUGGAGAAACUUCUGGAGCAGGAAGCACUGAUGGAACAACAGGACCAAAAGUCACCAUCUCAUAAAACAAAGAGACAGCAGCAAGAGUUGAUAGCAGAGUUAAGACGGCGACAAGUCAAGGACAAUAGACAUGUGUAUGAGGGGAAAGAUGGAGCUAUUGAAGAUAUCAUCACAGUGCUGAAGACGGUGCCCUUUACCGCUCGAACGGCCAAGCGUGGCUCUCGGUUUUUCUGCGAACCUGUUCUCACAGAGGAAUUCCAUUACUAAACUAUUCCCCUUUCACACCCGGUGCUCUUAAAAAAAAAGAUCUUAGAAACCAGCCCUACAGACGAGCCGAUGCGGUGAGAAGAAGCGUGAGGCGCCGUUUCGAUGAUCAGAAUUUGCGUGCUGUGAAUGGUGCUGAAAUAGCCAUGUGAGCUGAAUUGGGGAACUCUGUUUGUGUAAAGUAGAAAGUGUGCUUGACCACUUACUUGCCAUGUGAACUAUAUUUGUGCUACUAUUUUAAUUACGGCCUUGAUUGCAGUACAUUAACUUAUCUUCUGAAGGGCUCAUGCAUAGGAAUGCAAAUUUUUAAAAAAGAACAUAGAAAAAAAAGAUGGGCUCUCCACACCACUGUAGCUACCAAGUGCCUAAAUUUCAAGUACCUGCUCAAAUUAAUCAAAGCAAUAGGACUUUAUUUGAUUGGGUAUCUUUUUACACCAAUAAAUUUGUUCAGUGUUUUUAACCAAAAUGUAAAAUACAUAUUGUAUUUUUUGUUGUUGCAUACAACUUAGUAAAUAGCCUUCACUGGCUUUGUUUUCAUGACUGGUUGUAAAUAGGUAAUACAUGGGUGUGAGCUGCUGUGAAUUUUUGUUUUAAUAAUUUCAAUACAUUCCUGGACAGUUUUAGGAGAUAGCUUUGAGCUUCCGCUGCACUUAUUAGUGGUAUAUGUGCAUAUGUGGGAAAUAUGCAUCCAUAAAGGACUCCUACCAUAAAAAUGGUGGAGUAGGGGAACCCAUUUAAAUAAAUUUUGCCCUUUAAGAAAAUACAAUUUAUAAAACAGAGUUGAGGUAGAUGUCCAUAAGUUUACAAAGUUUAAAGCUAUUUGGGAUAACAAAGGAUUGGCUAGUGGGAUUUCUACUGUAAAUAGGUACUGGAAAUGUGAGGCUUAUAUUAAAUACAUAUUUGCCUGUUUUCAGACUCUACCCAGUAUGUAUCAAUGGGUAGUGAAGCUGAAUUAAGAAGGUAUAGCUGAAGAGUGUGAACACAUUAUGAACACAGAAGAAUGAUGUAUGAAACUCCGUACCUGUGUUCUUCAUGUAGAGACAGCUUUUGGGUAACAAUGUUAUUUAUUAAUUAGCACUAAGAUAUUAAUGUCACAAUAAUCAGUAUUAGAAUCCCGGAGUACCACAAUGGUUAAGUUGUCAGAACAGUGAAAACCUGUUGUCCUGUUAAGAAAAUUAGGAUUCCCCUCCAUGAGGUCUUUGCAUAUCCACCCUGCACAAAUGGGAAUUCAG